AACUGUAACCCAUAACAAUCGAGUUCAAAUCUGGUUAAAAUUUUUGUACCUGGAGAGCAUGAAUAACCUUGGCGUUACCAUAGAUAUAAAGCUGUUCUAUUAUCUAUGGUAUUUACAUUGUAUCAUAUUUCUAUGGUGACACCGAAUUCGGCGUCCUCAGGCCAAAAUGUAGGGGCGUUAUUUGCUUUGAUUGACAGUUGCUUUAUUCAACCGAUAAACUGGAAGUUAUGACCUCGCUUACCUUCGCCAAUAAUAUUCAUUAGGUGUAAGGCAGCGAUCAUUUCAUUGGUCAAAUUGUUACUUCCCGUUUCAAACAAAACCCGCUGGUUCUUGUUUAUGCUACCGCCACCAGUAAAAAAAUAACCUUAAACGCAAAAUCACCCAGCUUUGCUCGUUUUGAUGAUACUUUCGUUUUAAUGUUUAAAAACGUUUUCAUGACGUUGCUACCAUUUGCAGCUAGCUAGUUAGUGGUUCUCUUGGAAAUACAUGUUUGCUAGUUGUUAGCUACUGCCUGUAGCCGGUCAGCUACAGUACCGUGGUGUUUUUUGCUUCGUCUUGGAGCCGUUACCCAGCUAUGACAAAACAAGGGCUUACUAGACACAAGGUGAUCUCCUCUGGAAGACUGACUGGGGGUGGGCGGGGCCAGGCUUUAAAAAAGAGGGGAGCUGGUCGCCCACUUGCGGCUUCUACAGAGCCAGCCUAUUCCCUUUACUCCACUGACUCAGAGGACCAGGUGACAACAAUACACAAGGGCCUGGAUCGGUGUGCUGCGCUGCUCGGUGGCAUCCUUCUGGCAGAGAAAGCAGAAGCCAAGUCCAGCUCAGUAAGGGGUUCAUGGAAGACUCGUGCCGCCAAAUCCCGACCUCUGUCCACUCAGGGAAAGGAAAGAGGAGAAACGGAGAGAAGAAAGCAGACAAAAAGACAAGUCGCUCAGGCCGCUAAGAAACCAGCGCCCGUGCAGAAGACGAUCCUAUCAUCUCAGUCGUGCCCUGGGAAGAGUAACAUCGCCCUGACUUCUGCUGAAACGUCAGAGUCAGACGCUCGAUUUAACUGUCGCCUGACCACCUCCACGCCCACGCUGAGCCCACAAAGACUCCCCACUAACAGCACUCAAUCCACACUCGCCCCAGGCAGCACAGUCCCUCUGUCCCAACCUGGAGGCUCCAUCUCUGGGGUGGCGUCACCCCACCUUCGGGCCCCUACCUCCACAGCUCUGCUUGCUGUCCCUGGAGCUGUAACUACCUCUCUACCCCCAGCCCCUUCCACAGGCCCAGUUCUCCCUCUGCUUGCAUCUCUGCCCGGAGGCUCUGUCUAUGGGGCUGGAGCUCUGGCACCCCAGAGUAAAGGUGCUCCGUUUGUGGAGAAGCUAGCCGUAUCGGGUCCUGCUCCUUCUCACAGCUUGGCACCAGUGUCCUCCUGCUCUUGCUCUCCCCCUUGUCAGGGAACGCCAGUAGUCUUCUCCGAAAGACACACUCAGCCCAAACCUCACCUCCUAGCCGACACUCAAACCCAAUCAGUUCCAGAUGCUCCAUCAGUGUCUGGGCCAAGCAAGGCGAGCCGGCUGGGUCAUAACCAGGAGAGAAGUGCCUUGGCCGGGAGAGCUUGUAGCCACGGUAUCUCUGGAGAGGAGGAAGAAGAGUGUCCCGUGAGAGACACCAGCACCCGGACCAGCUUAGACAAAAAGACCCGCUCCCAGCUGGCCUCCACAAACCCACAGGCACAAGCAGAUCCGGAGCAUGUACCAGCCGACACACACAGAACGUUGGCACCGGGUGCAAAAGGCUGCGGUCCAGGGGGGAGCGCUCGUCACGUGAUGACGGUCCGGUACGUCCUCGGGGAACUGAAGUCCCUGUUCGUCGGGCGAGACGUUGCUGUGGAGCAUCUGCUGGGGGAACUGGAGAAGGCCGUGUCUCUGCUUCCUGUCAUGGAGGGCAGCUCUGACAUCCAGGCCGAGGUCGCUCUGGUCCUGCAACCGCUACGCAGCGAGAACGCGCUGCUGCGCAGGCGUCUGAGGAUGCUGAACCAGCAGUUGCAGGGGAGAGAGCGAGCGGAGAGGGAGGCCAGAGAUCUCCACUGUGACACCGAUGUGUCGGCGCUGCAGUCGGAGCUCAGCGACGCCCACGCGGGCCUGCGGGAGCUGCAGCAGGACAACACGGAGCUACGGCAAGCCCUGGUGGACACACAGAGACAGCUGCAGCACAGCGAGGCCGAGUGCGGCCGUGUCGGGAAAGAAGUGCAGUCUGCUCUGGCUGAGGUUCAGGCCUGCAACAGCAGGCUGGAGGAGUGUCAAAAGGAGAACACUGCACUGACCCUCGCUGUCCAGCUGAGGGAGACAGAGAUCCGAACACUUCAGGAGCGCCUCAGAGCUCUACAGGUCCAUGUCACUCAGCCUCCCGUUGUGCCAGACAUGUCUAUGUCUCAACCCCCUCUUACCAAACAAGCUCUGGACCAAUACCAGGACAAGCAGGGUGCAUCAGACCACCUGGUCAGCCAAUACCUGCGGUCGCUCGAGCAGAAGGGGUUGGGAACCGACUCCCCGCCAUGUAAAGGCCCUGGGGGCAAAAACACACACCAGCUAGACUUUGGUGUGCGUGCACCAGGCGGCCAGAAUGUCUGUGUGUCUGUGGGGCAGGACGUGAGCGUGUGUGCGUCUCAGGAAAGAAAAGCCAGCCCGCCUUUGGCCAUCUCCCUGAAAGAGACAGUGAGGUCAUCACUUCCCGUUGAAGGGUCACAACUUCCUGAUGGGAUGCCACAUGGAGCUGGAGUUUCUGUCCAAGGUCAGAGGUCCCCGCGGGGUCAUCAGAGCCUUGAUGUUGCCCUUGAGAGUUUCCCUGAAAUGAAAAGCUUAUUUUCCCAUCCGGACCAAUCAAACAGCCUUUCGUCUCAUGGCACUAGACACUUGGACCUUAACCAGAAUUCUCGCCGGCGUCUGAACAUGGAUGUGGCUUCGCUGGGAAAGGGGCAAAACUCUUUGCUUGACUCCACUGACCUUUCGUUAUGUGAGGUCAGAUCCUUCGCUUCUGAUUGGAGUGCAGGGUCAAGCUCAACCUUUGACACGCGUGACGAGCAGGAGUUCCGUAAUGGGUUGGCUGCGUUAGAUGCCAGCAUCGCCAGCCUACAGAGAACAAUAAAGCAGGACCUCAAGAGAUAGCACAGACAUGAACUUGAACAUGCUGUCUCACAAAUACACAGAGAGGUAGCUUAUUUUUUUAAUUGUAUUGAAUGAAAUGUCAAAUAAAAUCAUU